AUGAAAGAAUUUACAAUAAUCUUAUAUGCUGGUGGAAAUAAUCGUUUAACUACAGAUUUAUCUCUUCCAAAAUCUCUUUUACCAAUUGGAAAUCGUCCAUUAAUUUGGUAUACUCUUCAAGUUAUUCAAUCUCAUUCUUCACUUGCUUCAUCACCAUUAAUUAUCUUAACAUCGGGACAAUAUCGACAAGCUCUUGAUGAUUAUCUUUCAACAUUAAAUAUAACAUAUGAAAUAGUUAUUCAUCGACAACAUCAUGAUUCGACAAGUGGUGGUGAAGAUCAACAACAAACAUCAGAUGAAUUAGGUACAUUAGAUGUUCUUCGUUUAUGUUAUUCUCGUAUACGAACAGAAUCAAUAUGUCUUCUUACUUGUGAUCUUUUUGGAAAAGUUAAUCUUACACCAUUAAUUAAUAUGUUCAGAGUAAGAGAUGCUUCAUUAUGUAUGCUUUUACUUAAAACAACAACAACAUCAUCAACGACAGGAAAAGAUUCAUUAGUACAACCUGGACAAAAAGCAAAAUUUACCGCAGAACCAGAAUAUUAUACCAUUGACCAAUCAAGCAAUACCAUCACAUCAAUCCGAUUAAAAGCUGAUUUAGAUGAAUAUCUUCCAUUACGACAAAAUAUUCUUGCUAAAUAUCCUCGAACACUUAUUCGAACAGAUUUAGUUGAUGGUCAUUUAUAUUUAAUAAAAAAAUCAUGUUUAGAUGUUGCUAAUCGUUCAACAUAUUCAUCAUUUCGAAAAGAAUUUCUUCCAAAAAUGAUUCGUCAAAUAGCUAUUGAUAAACCACUUGAAGAUCUGAUUUUUCCAGCUAAUAAUAGAAAACCAAUGAUGAGACAAAAAACGAUGGAUUUGGAUGAUCAUGGAGAUUUAUCAAGAAUAUUAGAACAAUACGAUUGUGAUGAUAAUCAAAUAAGAGGUGGUUGUUAUUAUUUCAUUGAUGAUACACCAUUAUUUCGUGUGAAACAUGUUCUAUCAUAUCUCGAAGCUAAUCGACAAGCUUCAUCACUCAUUUCAUCAUAUACAAAUGAAGAUAUUACAUUUAAAGAUCGACUCGAACAGAUUCAAAUUAGUUCAGAUUGUGUAAUUGGUGAUGGACAUGAUAUAGGAAAGAAAACAACAAUAAAACGAACUAUUAUUGGAAAAAAUUGUCGAAUUGAAGAUAAAUGUAAAAUAAUAAAUUGCGUUCUUUUAGAUAAUAUUCAUGUUAAAGAAGGAGUAACUCUACAAAAUUCUAUAUUAUGUUCUCGUUCAACAAUUGGAUCAAAAUGUGAAAUACAAAAUUCAAUUGUUUGUUCAAACCAACAAGUUGAAACAAAUAAAAAACUCAAUUGUGAAACAGUAUCAGCAAUAAGCAAUGAAUCUACUGGCUAUAUGAUAUAUGACGAUGAACAAUAA